AUGAACACAGACACCGAGACAGAAGACAGGAGUGGAACACCCGUGCCAGGCUCUUCCCUUGAUCCAGAUUCCCCCAUGGUGGACUCCCCCAUUUACCCCCGGAGCCCAAAGAUCAACAUGGCUUCAAGGGAGGUAGAAGAAGAAGAAGGGGAGGAGGAGGAAGACGAUGAUGAAGAAGCAUUCGUUACAGUUGCACCUGCUUCUGCGUCACCUACCAAAGAAACUGUGAUUGAAGCCAUGGUAGAGCCCAGGACGGAGCCCAGGCCUCGUCCAAAGAAAUCACUUAUACCCACUCCCAAAUCAAAACAGGUCCCUAAAUACAUACCUAAACAAACACCCAAACAAACAAACAAACCCUGUCCUGGGAAGGACGAUGGUCUCUCUGGCUUAGCCCGUGAACUGGAAGGCUGUACAUGGGAACAAUUGCAACAACGGUUCGCUGAAGAGAUGGACGAAAGGUCUAGAGCUGAGAAUAUUCUGCAAAAAGAGACAGCUGAUCUCCUUGAAGUAUUCAUGGCGUGGUCACAGACAACCACGUUCCGAGACGAAGAUAGAGCGUAUAAGAGGUUUAAAACUCGGAUGGAUCAUGUCCAGAAGUCAGAAACAAACUUGGAAGAAAAGAAAGUACAUUAUGCCAAUGUGGUCAAAGCAUUUGAAAGCGCUCUUGCCCUUCUACGGACUGAAUGA